GCCCUGGGAUAUGUACCCAGGGACCUGGCCAUCUCUAGCCCUCCAGCUCUUCCUGUACUGGUUGCAGGCCUUUAGCCCCAGAAGCCUGGGCUCUGGCUGGGGGCAAUGCUGCUCCUAGGGUGUGUCCUGCAGGCCUUCAUCUCUCCAACAGGGAGUGGCUGGAGGUUUUCAUCCAGUUGGCCAACCAGAAGAUCCUGAGAAUCCUGGGCCUGGCUCCAUGUGCAAGACUGCUCAGCCUAUGGCUCCCAUGGCUGAGCUCCUACCUAAGAAGCACCAUCACAAUGAAUCUCAAACCAAAGCCCCCAGGGAAGGGGAGCAGGGACCCCCAGAAGGGCCAUCCUAAGACUGAGGUCCUCAAGACCACAGGACCCCUGAAGAAGAGCCCCCCUCACUGUCCAGAGAGUCUGCCCCUGCCACCUGACUCCCUGGAGAGCCUCUUUGACCCUGUGGGACGAUUAGAUAUCCCUCGACUCCGGAGGAUGGUCUACCAGAAAGGCCCAGAGGCUGGGGAGCGGAAGCUGGUGUGGAAGUUUCUGUUUGGUGUGUACCCACCCAACUCCACAGCUAAGGAGCGACAGGUAUUGGACACUAAGCUGGAAGCCCACUACCAUGGCAUGAAGUGGGUCUGGAGAGGUCGAUACCCUAGCGCUGUCCGCCUCAAGGUGCUGGCAGAUGAGGAAUUUUCCAUGGCUAUUGACAAGUAUGAAGUGCUACAGACACAGAUAAGAGAAAAUGCGUCUCCUCUGGAAAAGUUGGCUGAGAACAGCCUUCAGUGUCACAUCUUCAAUGACCAGCUCUUCACAAAGGCCCAGAAACACAUAGAUGCUGAUGUGCCCCGAACUGACCGACACCGUUCUUACUUCCAGGAGGAAGGGCUGGUCAAGCUUCUGUCUGUCCGGGAGAUACUCAUCACCUAUGCUGCCUUUCAUCAAGACUUGGGUUACUGCCAGGGCAUGAAUGACUUUGUGAGCCGAUUCCUGGAGACCCUGGAUUCAGAGACUGAUGCAUUUUGGUGCUUUGUGGGCUUCAUGCGCUGGGCAGGGAUGAACUUCACAGCUGAAGGCAUCAAAAGAAAGAUCCAUGUCUCUGAAGAGCUGCUAAGAUAUGUCGAUCCAGAACUCUCUAGCCAUAUUGAGAGGGUCUCCAAGGAAAAGCUGCUCUUCUGUCUCCGCUGGUUGCUGCUGUGUUUCCAGAGAGAUCUGCAGCAUCAAGAUGCCCUUCGAGUGCUGGAGAUUAGAGGGUUGGAGGGUGGCAAGGGCAACUCCCCUGACUGGCAACAUUCAAAGACCAAGGAUGCAGAGGUCAAUGGAUGCUGUGCUCCCCGAAAAGACCUGACCUUUGAUGUCCUACUCUGUGUGGCCAUUCUGGUGCAAAACCGAGAUCAGCUGCUAUCAUUCCAUCAUGCCUAUGAGUUCUUACUCUUCUCCCAGAGGCUCCAGGGAAAGCUGAAACUAAACACUCUCCAGGAAGAAGAAAAGGAGUUGUCACACCCUGAGCUAUCUUCCCUGGGGCCUGGGGUGAUGCUUAUACCUGGCCAAUAAAACACCUCUUCCAUGAGCUCAUACCUCUGACUCUCAGGCCCUAUCCUAGAGCCACCUAUUCUAGAAUUGGGAGUACAGGAUAGCAACACUGGA